GGCAGGAAACUACUUACUCACUCACUCUUACUAUCUUACUCGUGUUGUGAGCACUUCAUUACACAUAUAGUUCAGUACUGUGUCUAACAUCUGUGCGAUCGACAGAUUCAUCAGAGAAAUGAACGCUUUACAAGCUGUAUGCACCGUUUUAUUUUUCCUUAAGGAAAGUGAAGCUUGGGGUUACAAGAAUGGAAUACUACACAACUCUAUCUGGCUUGAGCAAGCAGCUGGAGUUUAUCACCGCGAGUCUCGCAAAGGAAGGUACCAGCUGACGUAUAUAGAAGCCAAGGCUGUGUGCGCAUUUGAGGGGGGAACUCUUGCUACCUAUGAUCAACUGGAGGCUGCUCGCAAAAUUGGGCUCCAUGUGUGUGCAGCCGGAUGGUUUGAUAAAGGGCGCGUGGGGUAUCCCAUUGUUAAAGCUGGCACAAACUGUGGCUUCAGAAAGAUUGGAAUCAUUGAUUAUGGAUACCGGGUCAACAAAAGCGAGAGAUGGGACGUCUACUGCUACAACCCCCAGGCAAAAGAGUGUGGAGGAGUGCACACAGAUCAGCAGAAGGUUUUCACAUCACCUGGUUAUCCAGAGGAAUACGAGGAUGAACAGAUUUGUUACUGGCACAUUCGAGUUCGCUAUGGUCAAAGGAUUCGCCUGCACUUCUUAGAAUUUGACAUUGAGGAGGACACAUCUUGCCUCAGUGAUUAUUUGGAGAUCUAUGACAGCUAUGAUGACGUUUCAGGCUUUGUCGGAAGAUACUGUGGUGAUGAACUUCCAGAAGACUUCAUAAGUACAGGAAAUGUGAUGACUCUGAAAUUCCUCUCUGAUUCCUCUGUGAAGGCUGGAGGGUUUCAGCUGCAGUACAUCGCUAUAAACGCAUCUAUACAUUGUGAUGAAUCCUGUUGACCCCUUCUCUUCAUCAUUGUUUUAUAAACUAGACCAGUGGUUUUUAAACUGGGGGCCAACAAGACAUUUUAUGAAAUGCAUUAAUUUAUCACAAAUUCUUUGUAAUUAGACCUCAGAAAAAUAACACUAUUAACCAACACCACUACAUUGUUUAACCUCCUAAGACCCGAGCUUUGCUUUGUCUUUUUCCUGAUUUCUUCCAACUAUUUCGGGGUUAGGAAGAACCAAUAAAUAUAAUACCCAAAUAUUUUUCAUUGAACAUGAAGCAGUGUAACUGUCCGCGUUUUUUACAACAGGUUCAAGUUACACAGAAUUAAGUAUUAUGGUGCAAACAACAACAAAAAAAUGAUGUCCACGUAUGUGGAUAUCCAGGUCUUAGGAGGAUGAUUUAAUAUGUUUUGUUAAAUUCAAAUUCAAUAACAUUGUUUUAUGUCAUAAUUUUUUUUUUGGGGGGGGGGGCACAGAGGGAUGCACCAUACACAAGGGGGACCGCAAGCCAUAAAGGUUUGAGAACCACUGAACUACACCCCACAACUUUUAACAAAUGUCACUUUUAUGUUUUUAAAAUGUAAGGUCAAAAAUGAAACCUUAACAUGAAUCUGUUUUAUUUGUUUGAUAUUUUAUGUUAAACUGCAUCACACUCUGUGACCACUGAUAUGCUUAACUGUAUAGCUCAGAUUUUGGAUAAGUUAAAUGAUUAGGACUGCAUAUACAGUAUAGACUCUGUAUAGACCCAAUCUUUCUGGGAUGACUUAUUUUGUAAAUUGAAACAGGACUAUUUAGAUAUUUGAGUGGGUCACCUGCUUGCUGUUGUUUAGUGGUAGUUGAAUUUAGUGGAGGUACACUACUGCAUUUUAUUGCACAGCAAUUUAUCUGAAUGAUGCCAAAGGAGUCAUCAAUAUUUUAUACAUCAAAUAGAAUGUAAAAGUAAUACAUCAUAUUUUAAGUUUAUUCUGUCGACUUUUGUAGGACUACUAACACAUGUAUGGGCAGAAAUAGUCCAAUAGACAACAAGACACAAAAUUCCAGUUUUGAUUUGAUGGGGUCUUUUCAUGUAUUUCUUGCAUUUUGGACAUCAGUGGACAUUUUUGUUAAUGAUUUACAAAACAAAAAAUUAAAAAAUAGACGCGUAUGAAAACUUCCCAAAUA